AUGACGUCCAAUGCUUCCUCAACUCCCUCCGGCAGUGCCCACCGCAGUGGCAGCGAAGACUCAUCAAGAUCUCGACCCAGCUCUUCGGGCCGAGUCAAUGAUCAAUCCGACGUUGCAUCACAAGAUGCUGGUCAUGACGAUGCGCUACAACCUCCUACAUCCAUCGCUGCCUCGGCAAUCUCCUCGGCAAACGCCGUGACGGCUCGAGACCAUACCGUCGAUGCAAACGACACCACUUCGGCCACUUGUUCCUCCCUGACAUCGUCUGCAGUGCAUGACUCCCACCCUCGUCGCUCCGAAUUUCGUCCUUGCUCCCCGCCGUCCCAGAAGCAGCGGGAGCGGGCUGCAACUCCUCAAAAUCAAUCCAGCGGUAAGGGCACCACCCUAAAAGAUUCGUCAGACCACCAUGAAAUAGACGCUCCGAAUCGCAACAGCGGCGAACAGCCCUCCUCUCUCUCGGCCAGCUUCCUCUCUCAGCUUGACCAGGAUCCCCGUACUCCCACUGCACGCUACUCUUUCGACGAUCAUCAGGACUACUUUUACCGUCUCGAAUGGGAGGCGCUUGUUGAAAAGGAACACAGACCACCCCCCUUGUCCGAUCAAUCGCCACUCGGCCUGACUUCCAGCAAUCACCUGCCAGAUCCGGCGGCGUCUGCUGCUGUCCACUCGUCGGCCUCCCUCGCACGCACGUCGACUUCCUCCGCAUCGACACUACGGGGUGAACACAGCCCUUCUCGACCCAAAGUCUCUCCUCUAGCCUUGUCCGACGUCGAAAAGCGACAAACGACAAGAAAACGCUCCAACUCGGCCGACGACACCACUCUCACAUAUGGCAGCUUUGGCAAUGGCCGCUACAUGGUACGUCCGCGUCAUGCACAUCCGGGCCCCACGCCACCCUCCAACGAGACGCUCAACAUGCGCAGCCCUCAGCCUUGGGACAACCAGCAAGCUCACCGUCCACCAUCGUCGCAGGGUCGCCCGCGCUCCAACAGCCGGUCCGAAGAUCCUGUAGGUUGGGCACAGAGGGCUACGUUGAGCGCCUUCGCCGACGGAAGCAUUCCAGGAACCAGUUUCCCACAUCCUGGUGUUCUCGCAACCACCGGUGCACAUGCCACCGGCGAGACAAGCACGUCGACCGAGGCCGAAUUUGAGAACACAGUUCAACCAUGGGACUCGCCUCGUCCUGUUAAACGCUCCAUGACCGUGUCGGCAGGAUCCGAUGCGUCGAAACGACCAAAACACCUCGGAACCGCGAUACGAACCGCUGCAUUGCCCGUGCAGCCAUCAGCGACCAAGUCAAGGAUUUCCUCGAGACAUUCUAUCGAUGCUGCUGAUCUGCCAAGCAUUCAUCAGCAAAUACAAGCUUUCGAGCCACUCGAUUUGCACAGUCAGGCUCUUGAGCGAGCCUCCGUCCAUGAAGUGGAUAAAGACGACCAUGAAGUUAUUUCCGCAUCCGAUAUCGACCAUGAUAAUGAUAGUCACAGUCUACAGAGCAGAGACAAAGACGCAAAGCGCAAACCACCCCUCAAGGAACGAGCCAGGUCUGCCAUCGCCAGCAUCCGUCUCUCGUCCAACUACUUAGCUCUGUACAAGGCCGCCGAUCGCACCGACAUUACCCUGCUCGUUGUUGGUAUCAUCGCCGCCGUCGGCUCUGGCGUCCCACUCCCGCUCAUCGGUAUCCUGUUCGGACAGCUCAUCGAUGGUUUCAACUCGGCCGGAUGCGACACGGGCAACAGCCGACCUUCCAACACCUCUGCUUUCUUGUCGUCGGUGGAUGACAAAGUCGAAAAGAUCGCCAUCAUCGCCGCAGUCAACUUUUUCCUCAUCUGGACUUAUACCACUUGCUGGUCCAACCUUGGCGAGCGUCUCGUACGCAAGAUGCGUCAACGCUACCUUCGCGCCGUGCUACGUCAGGACAUGACCUUCUUCGACACGCUCAAGCCCGGCGAGGUCGGCACGCGUCUCUCGGCGGACCUGUUAACCAUACAGAACGGCACGAGUGAGAAAAUGGGCAUCCUCAUCUCCAGUCUCUCGUACUUUGUCACCAGUUACAUUGUUGCUUUCAUCAAGCUCCCUAAACUUGCCGGACAGUUGGUGUCGCUGUUGCCGGCCUUUGCCAUCGUCAGCGUGCUCGGCUCCAAGUUUGUCGCCACCGCACAGAAGAACACGUCAAUGCAUCUCUCGCAUGCUUCCAGCUUGGCAGCCGAGGCGUUGAACAACUUGCCCGUCGUGCAGGCGUUUGGAUCGCAGCCGAGACUCUCCAACAUCUACCAGAGCCACCUCGAACUGGCGAGGAAGCAGGGUACGCUCAAGGCGCUCGCGGCAGCGUGUGUAUUGGGGAGCUUGUUUUUUGUGGGCUACUCAGCCAAUGCUCUGGCGUUCUUCUCAGGUUCGAACCUGAUUGCUUCUUCAGCCAACCCGAGUACGGUAGGAUCGGUUUAUACCGUCAUCUUUUUGCUGCUCGAUGCGUCGUUCAUCGUAGGUCAGAUUGCACCCUAUCUGCAGACCUUCUCCGCUGCUAGUGGUGCCGGUCAGGCGCUGCGCGAAACGAUCGAUAAGAUGUCGCCCAUCGAUGGAACUGACACCAAGCACGGAAUCAUGCCCCAGCCUGGCGACGUAAAUGAGAUCGCCCUCGAGCUUGCCAAUGUUGAAUUCUCUUAUCCAGCUCGACCCGAUGAGAAAGCGCUGGAUGGGCUCAGCAUCUCUGUCCCUGCCGGUCACCGUGUCGCUCUCGUCGGCCUUUCCGGAUCUGGCAAGUCGACCGUCGCCUCGCUCCUCCAGCGCUUCUACGAUCCUACUGCGGGUCGAGUAACACUCAACGGAACCGAUCUACGCGAAUACAAUGUGCGAUGGCUCCGAUCUCAGAUCGGUGUCGUUGGCCAAGAGCCCGUACUAUUUGAUUGCUCCAUCAUGCAGUCCAUCGCUCACGGCCUCGUUGGCUCACCUGCACACUCGCAUCUGCACUCGACCUUGCUUGCUUACUCGCAGGUCGGGCAGGAAAAAACCGGGACCGACCUGGAACAAGUGCUGACCACACCAGAUCAGCUCGAGCAGCUGGAAGAGAUCAAAUCGCUUUGUAUUCGAGCUGCCAAGUUCGCAGGUGCGCAUUCGUUCAUCGAGCGCCUCCCACGAGGCUACAACACCCAAGUAGGCGAAGCGGGCGGAAAGCUCAGCGGUGGUCAAAAACAGCGCAUCUCGAUCGCCAGAGCUAUCGUAAAGCAACCAAAACUGCUCAUUCUAGACGAAGCAACCGCAGCUUUGGACUCGCAUUCAGAACGCGCGGUCGCCAACGCGCUCGAUAGCAUCUCGGAAGGCGUCACCACGAUCGCGAUCGCACAUCGGCUCGCUACCAUUCGCAACUACGACCAGAUCGUCGUGAUGGGUGCAGGCAAAGUGUUGGAAUCCGGAACGCAUAAGCAGCUGCUUGCGCAGAGAGGCUUCUACUACAAGCUGGCUGCUGCACAGGACACUGGUGCUUCAUCUAACCAUGACGCGGACAAUGCGUCGACGAGUGAUGACGAGGCCCAUGCGCAGCUUGGCGAAAGGCGAGAGGAGCGUGUCGAGAAAAGCGAACGCGCAGAUGCGUCAGAGGCGCCAAGAGGUCGACGCAGGAUGGACGAUGUUGUCGAGGGAGACGAGACGGAAGAUGCUGCUGCUGGUGCUGGUGCUGCUUCUGCUGGUGCUGGUGCUGGUGCUGUUGCUGCUGGCUCGGCUUCGCCUUCUCGAGACUCGAACCAGUCGACAUUGAACCGCAACAGCGUUGAGGAGGAUGCCAAUGGUAAGAGUCGCGCCCAGCUGGAAGAAACAGAUGAGCGCGACGAUGUCAACCACGAGCAAACGGAAAAACAGGCGACGCAAGCACAGAUCGAGCACGCAGCUCGCCGCUAUCCUCCACGAGUGAUCCUCAAGCGCAUCGUCUGGAUGCUCCGCCGCGAAUGGCCCUACCUCGUGUUGGGACUGUUCACAAGCGCCAUCAUGGGCGGUUCCUACUCGGGCGAAGCCGUCCUCUUCGGACACGUCAUUGAAGCGCUCAACCCGCUUUGUCGUGGUCCCGACGGCGUGCGUGCUUCGGGUCGAGAGUUUGGUCUCUAUUUCUUCAUCCUCGCACUCAUCCAAUUCUUUGCUUACUCGAUCAACGGUCUCGUUUGGGGUCUGGUUGCUGAACGCCUUCUGUUCCGCCUCCGACGCGUCUCGUUCGACACCAUGAUGGAUCAACGCUUGACCUGGUACGAAGCGCAAGACAAGAGUCCGGCUUCGAUGAUCGCCUCUCUCUCGAAUGACGCCAACAACCUCGGUGGUGUCACGGGCACUGUGAUCGGAACCAUCUUUUGCAUCCUCGUCAACUUGAUCGCUGGUAUCUCUGUUUCGCUCGCCAUAGCGUGGCGUAUCGCGAUUGUGAUUCUCGCUCUCGUACCCAUCAUCCUCGCUGCCGGUUAUCAACGCUUGAAGGUGCUUGCCGAUUUUCAGAAACGUCACGAAACCGCCUAUGUCAAGUCGAAUGCUCUUGCCAUCGAAGCGGUGCAAUGCAUCAAGACGGUUGCCAGUCUGGGGCGCGAGCAAGACGUGAUGCUCAAAUUCGAGCGAUCGCUCCAACAGCCGUACCGGGAGAGCAUGCGUCACUUUCUUUUCGGCAACGUAUUCUUGGCUUUGGCGUUGAGCGUCAGUUACUUUAUCUAUGCAUUUGCGUAUUGGUGGGGUAGUCAGAACAUUGCAGACGGCAGGUAUUCGCAGACGGCCUUCUUUAUCGUCCUGCCCGCGCUGCUAUUUUCGGCGCAGGCGAGCGGUCAGUUGUUGGCGUUCGCACCGGAUUUCAGCAAGGCGCACGUGUCGGCUGCCAACUUCUUCAGGUUGAUGGACCAGAGGCCAAAGGAGGUCGAGAGGAACAAGUUGAUUGCGAGAGAGAAAGCCGAAGCGAAAUUGGCCAAACAUGGCUCACGCAAGGCGGAGUGCAAGCGGGCAGAGGACGAUGUCGAGGCAAGCGUCGGUGGUGCUUCAGGUGGCGAUGCAAUCGUGGAGAAAAACGGCCCAUCUACAGUCCGUUUCGAUCAUGUCUCGUUUACCUAUCCUACCCGAGACGAGCCAGCACUCAAGGACGUUUCGCUUACGAUCCGCGCCGGAAGCUUUGCAGCGUUUGUCGGACAGUCGGGCUCCGGCAAGACGACGGCCAUGUCGUUGAUCGAGAACUUCUACACCCCGACCUCGGGCACGGUCAGCGUGGACGGGAUGCGAACCGAUCGUACACCGGACCACGUGCUUCGUCGCGACAUUGCCAUUGUGCCACAAGAGCCGGUAAUCUUCUACGGGACAGUUCGGUUUAAUGUGCUGCUUGGAUUGCGACCUGAUUUCGUCACGUCGUCUGGCAGUGCACAUGCUCGUCGCGAUCAUCGCUCUGGCCGCGCUCGUCGCGCUCGUCGCGGCAGAAAGCUCACUGCGCUUGAACUUGAAGCGUAUGAGGCGCAAGAAGCACUACUGGACGCAUACGUCGAGGACACGAGUUGGCAAGACGUCCCGGACUCGCUCGUCAUAGACGCGUGUAAAGCGGCGGGAAUUCACGACACCAUUGUGCGCUUCAACAAGGGCUACGAUACGCUGAUUUCAUCCUCGCAACUCAGUGGUGGUCAGAAACAACGUCUCUCGAUCGCGCGCGCCUUGAUCCGUAAACCGCGGCUGCUGCUUCUAGACGAAAGCACAAGUGCUCUGGACAGCCACUCGGAACAGGCGUUCCAGAAAUCGCUCGCCGACAUCAGGAGCAACGCCAAUUGCACGAUCCUCGCUAUUGCCCAUAGAAUGCGCACCAUCAAGGACGCGGAUGUUGUCUUCCUCUUCGAGGCCGGUCAGUUGCAAGCUCACGGCGCAUACAGAGACUUGUUGGCCAAAUCCGACAAGUUCAAAGCUAUGGUUAGCUACCAAUCCCUCAACUGA